GUGGCCGCUCGGGUGCGGGAGCUGGUAGCUCUGCCGGCAUUCGACACGCCGAACACCGAGCGGAAGUCACGCAUUGCGCACGCGCGGCACGGCAACAUUCUGCUCCCCUGCGAGGACGAGGCCGCGGCAGAUCUCGAGCGGAAGCUAAAGGACGCCGUCGAAGCCAACGCCAACCACAAGGGCUCGAUGACGAGCCCGAUCGUGAUUCCAUCGGAGAUGCUGCAGGUUCCAGGGAUUUGGAUUCAAGUCGAGCAGAUCAUCAGUGAAGCCAUCCGGGGCAUGGGCGGCGACGUGAAGAUGAACCGUGCCCCGAGGAACAACACGAGCCGCCAGUUCGGUGGGGGCAAGCGUCGUGGAGGCAAGAAGUGA